CUGAGUUACAGACUCUCUUAAAUAGACUUCCUUAAUUUCCGGAUGUACUUCUUGAAAUUCCCAAUUCUCUUCAAAAUUCCUAGGAAAUUACAAGGAAGAUGAAGGGUGGGGGUGGGGAACUAUGGCUGAGAUUUCAUCUUGUCAAGCAAACUGCCUUUUUGUGUCUGAUUCCUGAUUUGGUUUUUGUGUUUGUUUGGUUGUUUGUUUGUUUGCCAUACCUACUCCUGUUAGCCAGACCAGAGCAGGGAACCUGGAACUUUUGAAUGUGAAGAAAGAAAUUAUUGUGCAAUUUUUUUUUUCUUGCAGGCUCAGAAAUAUCCGUUUAUUCUUUAACCACACGGAUGUGUCUAUUUUUGGAGGAAGAAGGAAACAUAAAUGCCUGGGUUGCAUUUAUGCUGUAGUUGCAAACAUCGAGCAGUUAAGAAGAUUUUACCGAAUUUUGCAAAGCAGCCAACAAACCGCCUUGGGAUCCUGGUAAUAAAAGUGGAAAGAACCUUGCUCUCUUUUUGGCAAUAUUUUGGACAUCUUUGAAAACGACAGCAAACUAUGCCUUAAUUUGACUAAGAAGAGGUUAAACCAUAUUGAUAUUCAUCCAAAGUGAUUUUGUUGAAGCAGAUGCUUGGCUUUCAUGGAAAAAAUGGGAGUUGUGGAAGAUUCACCUAAACUACCAACCAAAAGCAUCACAGACCAAUGAAAUAGCCUGCAACUUACAUCAGCACUUUCUUUUCAUUGUUGUUACGUAAAACCUCUGGAAGCACCUUGGGCGUUUUACAUUUUCUUUGCUGCAGAAGGAAGUAAUCUGUUCCCUGGAAUUCUGAUCUGUCGUGAACAGGACCGUGGCAAAGGCUGUGUUGGGGACUCUUGGACAUCCCGCCUACAAUCCAGUCUGGUUAAUUGUGAAAAGUGUACACAUUUCUGGCUUAUCUAUGCUUUGUUAUGGGUCUGACGUGAAACUACCUCCUCCCCACCCCACCCCCCAGCAGAAAACCGAAAUCCAGUUGAAUUGUUACACUGUUUCGGAGCUGGAGCCUUGAACUGUUUCCUUGGUCAAAUAACUUUGUUUCUGGUUGUAAAAAGGCAUUGGGGGGGGGGGGGAAUAAGGAAAAUCGAGAGAAAUUCCAAACCAGGAUGCCUUGAGACACACGCAGCAUCUGGCAGAGGAUUAACAUACAUACAUGUGUAUGUAUGCGUCACGUAUAUAUUUACUGCAAAUGGUGGGGAUCAUUUAGUGCCCGAGAUGGGAGACCUGAAGUCAGGUUUUGAAGAGGUGGAUGGCGUGAGGCUCGGCUACCUCAUCAUUAAAGGAAAGCAAAUGUUUGCCCUCUCCCAAGUCUUCACAGAUCUGCUGAAAAACAUCCCGAGGACGACCGUGCACAAGCGCAUGGAUCAUCUAAAAGUGAAAAAGCACCACUGCGAUCUGGAAGAGUUGAGGAAACUCAAGGCAAUCAACAGCAUCGCCUUCCAUGCCGCCAAAUGCACGCUCAUCUCCCGGGAAGACGUGGAAGCUCUCUACACCUCCUGCAAAACCGAGCGUGUCCUCAAGACCAAGCGCAGGAGGGCCGGCCGGGCCCUGGUCACAAAGGCGCCGCCGCCAGAGCGCGCCGCCGCCGCCAGCCCCCGCCCGGGGUUUUGGAAGGACAAGCACCAACUUUGGCGGGGCCUGAGCGGAGCCGCGCGGCCCCUGCCAAUCAGCGCGCAGUCCCAGCGCCCCGGCGCCGCCGCCGCGCGCCCCGCCGCCCAUCUACCUCAGAUUUUUAGCAAAUACCCGGGCUCGCACUACCCGGAAAUCGUACGCUCGCCUUGCAAACCCCCUCUAAACUAUGAAACUGCCCCGCUCCAGGGAAACUACGUCGCCUUUCACUCGGACCCUGCUUAUUUUCGGAGCCUUCUGUGCAGCAAGCAUCCGGCCGCUGCUGCUGCUGCCGCCGCCGCCGCCGCUGCCGCCGCCGCCGCCGCCGCCUACUACCAGGCGUCGGCUGCUGGGCCCCAGCCCAAGGCGGCGGCGGGAGCCGGAGGCCCGGUGAACCUGACCUACCGGUGCAAGCGCAAGCGCGGGGGCUCCAAGGACUGCCUGCUCGCGCCCCACGCUGGCGCUCGGCGCUUGCUGCUGCUGCCCAGAUCCUACAAAGCCAAGGCGGCGGCUGCGGCGGCGGCGGCCGCGGCGGCGGCUGCCGCGGCUGCCGGUGCCACUUGCCUGGAGAGGUUUCAUCUGGUCAACAGCUUCUGCCCGCCUCCCCACCACCACCACCACCACCACCACCACCAUCACCACCACCACCACCACCGGGCCCAGCAGCCGCAGCCGAAUCACCACCCCCCUCACCACCACCGGCCGCAGCCCCAUCUAGGCAGCUUUCCCGAGAGCUGUAGCAGCGACUCCGAGUCCAGUUCCUAUUCGGACCAUGCAGCCAACGACUCGGAUUUUGGCUCCAGUUUGUCCAGUUCCAGCAACUCUGUGUCCUCGGAGGAAGAGGAGGAGGAAGGAGAGGAGGAGGAGGAGGAGGAGGAGGAGGAGGAGGAAGAGGGGGGCAGUGGGGCCUCGGAUUCCAGUGAAGUCAGCUCGGAGGAGGAGGACUCGUCCACGGAGUCAGACUCCAGCUCCGGCUCCAGCCAAGUGUCAGUGCAGAGCAUCCGUUUCAGGCGCACCAGUUUCUGCAAGCCUCCCAGCGUGCAGGCGCAGGCCAACUUCUUGUACCAUCUGGCCUCCGCUGCCGCUGCAACCAAACCCGCUGCUUUCGAGGAUGCCGGCAGACUUCCCGACCUCAAGAGUAGUGUCAAAGCGGAGUCGCCAGAGGAGUGGAAUCUGCAGAGUUGGGCCCCCAAAGCGUCUCCAGUGUACUGCCCGGCCAUCCUGGGGAGUUGUUUCCCAGAGAUAAGGAACGAUAGGGUAUCUGAGAUUACAUUCCCACACUCUGAAAUUUCCAGUACUGUAAAGAGAACUGACCUGACAAUUAACUGCCUGGCAGAGGGGGCCUCUUCACCUAGCCCAAAGACAAACAAUGCAUUUCCACAACAAAGAAUACUCGGAGAGGCUAGGAAAUGCCUACAAGCUACUCCUACUACACACUGUGCAGAUAACAACACAAUAGCUGCUAGGUUCUUAAAUAAUGAUUCUUCAGGAGCAGCAGCAAAUUCAGAAAAAGAUUCCAAAAUCCCUCAUUGUCCUGAAUUUGCUACGGAUUUGCCCUCUUCACAAACUGAUCCUGAAGUGGAUGCAGCAGCACUAGCAGCAACUAAAGUGGAGAAUCUGUGCACUGACACAGGCGACAAGACAUUGUCAUUUCUGCACAAUAUUAAAAUCAAAGUAGAAGACAGUAGUGCUAAUGAAGAAUAUGAACCUGAUCCUGUUACAAAUAAGCUAAAGUGCGAGUGCAAUGAUACAAAGGGUGAGUUUUACAGUGUGACUGAAAAUAAAGAGGAGGACGCCUUGUUAACCACAGCCAAGGAAGGUUUUGCAUGCCCUGAGAAAGAAACUCCUUCCUUAAAUCCACUGGCUCAGAGUCAGGGCCUUUCAUGCACUUUAGGUUCUCCAAAACCUGAGGAUGGGGAAUAUAAAUUUGGUGCCAGGGUGAGAAAAAAUUACCGAACACUAGUACUGGGAAAACGACCUGUCCUUCAGACACCUCCAGUCAAACCAAAUUUGAAAUCAGCUAGAAGCCCUCGUCCUACAGGUAAAACUGAGACACAUGAAGGAACACUGGAUGACUUUACAGUUAUAAACAGACGCAAAAAGGUAGCCAGCAAUGUAGCAUCAGCAGUGAAAAGGCCGUUUAAUUUCAUGGCAAAUUUUCCUUGUCCACCAUCACUCAUUAUUGGGAAAGAUGGGGAUUUGUGGCCAGCGUAUUCUUUAAACACCACUAAGGAUUCCCAACCUCCUCACAAGGCCCAUCCUAUAUGGAAAUGGCAGCUGGGCGGUUCUGCAAUACCUCUUCCACCUAGUCACAAAUUCAGGAAAUUUAAUUCAUAAAAAUGUUUUGGAAGAUAUUUUCUUGAACCAUAUUACCUUCCUUUUGUUGUAAACUGCACAGGAUGGUUUGUACAAGUCCAUUAAUGGUGUUACAUCCCCUUUGGAGUCCUGGUUUAUCGCAUUUUGAAGACAGAAAUCGGAUUACUUUUUUUCCAUUGCGGGUUUUUUUUUUUUUUUUA